AUGGACCAGAAUGAUUCUAUAUUUCAAUAUGAAUCUGAAGAUAUUUCUAAUAAUAUAUUAGAACAUAAUUCAGAUUCUAUUUAUAAUAUGUCCUUUGAAUAUUCGAUUCCAUCUAACCUUGAAUAUUCUAAUCUUGAACGCACUAAUUCGUUAUGUGCUUCAGAAUCUUCAUAUAAUUCUGAACAACAAACUUUAGACAGUCCUGAAAAUCUUGCAUCACCAUCGGAUGGUUUUGACUAUUCUGAUUCUUCGAAUAUUAAUCCUGUACAAAAUAGAAAAAAACACAAAUCAGUUUUUGUCAAAUCAUCUAACAAAAAACCCAAUCCCGGAAAAAGUUGGGUAUGGCAUCAUAUGAGAAAAGAUAAAUAUGUAAAAAAAGAAACAAUUUGUAAGGUUCCAGUUAACCGAGAUGGAAAAAUAGGACCAUGCGGAGAAUCUUUUUCACUUCUUUCUAGUACAAGCACACUAGGAGCUCAUCUUCGUUCUGUACAUCGCUUGUCAGAAAAAGGUUCAUUAUUACCAUUAUCAGGCAUACCCGAACAGCCUGCUGGCAAAAAAUCUAUCUAUGUAGCUCAAAAAGAUCCUACGCAACCCAC